GGUCGGGUGAGACAAAACAGAAAGUCAACUCAACCUGUGUAUCUGUCAGCCAUUAAGGAAUACGAAUUAUUUUUCUGCUUAUUGUUGAAUUUCUACCUUAUUUUCGUAAUUACUCUGGUAUUUAAAAUCGUAAAAGAUAAAAAAUUUGGUCUGAAAAUAAAUUUGAGUGCUUUUGUUCAUCCGACUCUAAGCUAAUAGGAGUUGACCAUGGCGACAUUCUCCGAAAAAGACGAAGAUGCGAAUUGGAAAAGAAAAUAUGAGGAGGCUGAAAGGGAUUUACAGGACUUCCAGGAAAGUUCUCGGCUGAUUGAGAAAGAGUUGGAGAUGUCUCUAGACCAGGCAGAACAACAAAUACGAGAGUUGAGAUCAAAGUGCAACAGGCUUCAGUUUGAAAAUGAGACACUUAGGGACAAAGUGGAGAGCAGCCAGAAGGAGAAGAUGGCACAGAUACAGGAACUCCAAGAGGAGUUGUCACAGAGCCAGCAGAGAGAGGAACACUACCGCAAGUACAUCCGGGAGUUGGAACAGAAGAAUGAUGACUUGGAACGUGCACAGAGGGCUAUGUAUGUCUCGUUAGGAGACUUUGAAACUAAGUUGAACGCCUCGAUCGAACGCAAUGUUUUGCUGGAAUCCGAACUCGAUGAGAAGGAGAGUCUGAAAGUUAUGGUCCAAAGGCUGAAAGAUGAAGCUAGAGAUCUGAAACAGGAGAUACAAGUGAUUCAGAGGACUAAGGCGACACCUCGCGGGACUCCGGUGGACUCAAACAAACUGCCAGACUCUCUGAUGCAGACGCCGACACAUAACACGUCUGUGAAAAGCGCAAAUAUGCCGGCCCGACUGACGCCCCUAAGAGGAGCAACCACCAUGGACAUUGUGGGCGACCUUUUAAAGAAAGUGGGGGCGUUGGAGGCAAAGCUGGCUUCCUGCAGGAAUCUAAAUGGAGAUGCAUAUUCCAGACCUCGAAGACUUAACCGAUCAAGUACGUCCUCUCCCACGAUUCACAAUCUUGGGCGGCAAUGAAACGAGAAGAGCUCUUUCAAAACUCAAAAUUUUGAACUUUGAGUGCCUUUGGUGGAUGUGCAGAAUGGAACAGUUGCUUUGAGCAGUGUUGUUGGUCGCGAGGGAAACACUUCCCUACAAAUAUUGAAAAUGUACAGAAUGAACUUUGGUAUGCUUACCUGCAAAGAGAAAUAUGCUAUGUAUCCAAUAAUUACUUAUUUCAUUUUUACAACAACAAAUAUUUCAACAAAAUUUAGAGUGCUGUAGCAGACAGUAAACUGUUUACUCUGCUUUUCUGUCUUACUACUUUAAAAUUUUCAAGUUUCUCAUUCUUUGAAAGAGUGGACCUAUUAGCCAGAGUAUAUUUUAAAAACUAAGAAAUUUAGUAUUCCUAAAAUCAAUUUUUUAUUUCCAAAUGUAAGUAGAACUGUAUAAUGUAGAUAAUUUUAGCCCUAUGAACUUAACAAUUCAUAUUGUGCGGGUUGUAUUCUUUUGUUUUCACUAACUUGUAAAAUGUAGAUAAUUAUAAUUGAUGAAAACAAUCUUUUUACUGCCUUAAAUUAUUUAUAGUGUUAGAAAGUUUCUUUUCCAAUAUACGUUACUGGCAUUUUAAAUACUCAUAGAUGUAAUGAAAUAAAAUUUGUUAUUUUUAUUUUUCUUGACCAAACUGAGUAGGGCUAAGUUUAUAUCUAGGUUUACUGAAUAUCUAUUAAUAAAAUGUACAUUAUAUUAAAUAAUAGAUAUUCAAUAUACAUAGAAUUACAGAGAGAAAAAAACUAAUUGACGACAAAUUUUAGAAUUGAUUAUUACUCUUAAAAGUUGUUAAUUAAAAUAAAAAGUUUGGUUAAAAUCAAUUAUACAACCUUGUUUUAAAUACAUUGUCAUUGAUCUAAACCUAUCUUUGCCAAUUAUUUUUGUUCUUUUUGUAAAUUAACUUUUGCCAAGCUGAAAGUUAUAUACAUUUAUCUAAAAGUUAUUCACAUUCAUAAAACAGUAAAAUGCUUUUUAACCCUUGAUUUGAAUUUACAUCAAGCAAAGCGAUAAAUCACAUAAAGAAGAUUGUAAUUUAUUUCUACAAAAAUAAAAAGUUUCUUGAGGAAAAUCAUUUGAUUAGCAAAAACCUUCAAAAUUAUAACGAUUUAAAAUUCUGGUUUCAUAUGGUGGAAAAGAACUUAGUAAACUACUAUACAAAAGGAUAAAAUAUUGUAUUUCAGUGUCUAUGUUCUAACCAGCACAUAGUGUGAAGUUUACGACUAAAAUAGAAAAUUAUAUGUUUUGUGGUUUUUUAUGCAUACAUUUUUUUAGAUUGUUUCCAAACUUUUAUUCAACAUUAACACAUUUUCCAUAUUCAUUUUGGAAAACAUAGUACUGUAGAAACAAAAAUAUUCGUUCAUAAACAUACUUCUGUCUUAGCAGAAAGAGUUUUCAAUACUGUACUACUGAACAUUCGUGUUUAGUUAAGAAAGGGUUAAAUUAAAAUAAAAAAUAAAUAAAUAAAUAAAUGAUUUUUCAUAAACAUAAACUUAAUAAACAACAUUUUGUGUUAAAUAUUAUUUUAUUUUUUUAUGUCCAAAAAUAUAGUGGGGUCAUUGUGUAAAUUAAGCAUUAUUUAAGUGUUAAUAAUUGCUUGAAUUUAAACAAAAGUAAAAUUGCGUUGUACCACAAAUUGGUAUUAAAAAUUAUUUAAAGUAAAUUUUUUUUAGACUAUGACAAAAUUGAAUACCAUAAAUAUAAUUUAUUUAACAUUUUAAUACAACUUGACAGUUAAAUGUUGAAAACUGAGACAUUUUAUGGCUCUAAUUAAAAGGGUAAAUCAUCAAAAAUAAUUAUAAUAGUUCAUUUAGAAGUAUAUAUAGUAUAGGUUCAUUUGGAUUUUUAUAAUUUUUUAAAGGAAUAGAGUCCAGCUAGCUUACCUACUACUAGCAAACUAGAGUCAAAAGGCUAUAUCAUAAAGAACACAAAUCAUAACACUGAUAUUUUGUCCUGAUGUUGGAUAAAAUAUUAGAAUUAUGUUUUGUGUUCUUUUAUUGUGUAUCUAUUACUCUUGGACUCAAAUAUUUUCAGGUAAGCUAGCAGAAAUCAAUAUUUUGUAAAUCCUAGAAAAAUUAUUUAGACUCGUAAAUAUUUGGAUAACAAUCUAUAAAUUACCAUAGAAUGGUUUUUUCUUUAAUUUUCUUUCAUAUUUUUUAGCAGUACUUCAACUUGUGGCGCGUUAACUCAUUGUAUUAUAUUGUAGGAUAUUCAUUUUUUUUAAACCUAAUGUAUAUAUAAUUUUAAACCACCUUCAUAAUAAACUUAAGCUAUCAGCACUGUCUUUUGUUUCAUAGUAAUUUAUAUGAUUUAGGUUUUGUACCCGAUUUUGUAAUAUAUGUUUUAUAUGCAUUAAGGUGUUGCAAUAGUUUGUACAAAUCAUCCAAUAAAUUAAUAGGGCCUUGGGACUGUAUAAUAAAUGGCUA